CAUGGAGGAUAUUGCAGUCUUCAGCAAUUCCUUGCCAGAGCAUAAGGGUCACCUGGGAAUGGUGCUGAAGAGAUUUAAAGGCGAAGGUCUAAGUGUAAAGGUGUCAAAGUGCAGAAUGGGGCAUUGAAGAUGUAAAACAAAUUCUGUCGGGAAAGGCGAAGCCGGACUCUGGCCAGGUGUUUCAAUUGUGCACUGACGCAUCCAACACAGGCUUGGGAGCGCUGCUGAUGCCAGCAGGGGAGGGCACCGAGCAGCAUCCCAACCCUUUCUGAGCAGAAAACAGACUCCAAGUGAAUGGAAUGAUGCCGUUAUAGAACAUGAAUGGUCGGCAACUGUGGGUUGUCCGACAGCUAAGAUCCUACCCGUUCAACCAGAGGUGCUGGGUACUGACUGACUGCCCCCCUUCAGCGUGGCUACACAGAACCAAAGGCACCAACUCUUGGUUGGUACGCUGGAGUACAGCCCUCCAAAGGCAUGAGAUGGAGACUCAACAUGUCAUGGGGGCAGACGCGUUAUCCAGGCAAGAGGGCCCAGAGCAGAUGCAUUCGGAAGAGCCAGUGGCUAGGCGUAGGGCGUCAAUGCCAGGAGGCGACGGGACACAGAUGUGCCCAAACAUGCCCAGGCAGGUGUCCCUCGCAGGGUCCCGCUGGAAGCUGUGAAGGCCCCUCCCGGCCAGCGAUGCUGAUCCUGAGCUGUUCCUCCAAGCUGCGGCUGCUGGAGGGGAUGCUACGGCGGGACCUGCCUGACACGCUGCUGGUCUACGGCACUGUGAUGCAUGUGAACCGCGGGAACCUGGCUGGCCAGGAGGUGCUGGUGGAUUCAUGGCCAGAGUUCAAAACGGUCCUGACCCGGCCACGCAGAGAAGUGGCGUUGGACCCAAGCGAUUAUUUCACCAACAUGUACACGGUCUUCUACCGGGACGAGGGGGCCUGCCGGGCCCUGCUGGGGAACAGCCACGCCGUGGACUGGGGCCAGGCCUUCCAGAUACAGGGGCUGCAGGACGGGGUAUACGAGACCAUCAGGGACAUCGCCAGGGCCAGGCGGCUUGAGAUGGAGACGUAUCCGUACUGGCUGCUGCUGCACCCAGACCCGCCCGCCAUGCCCCAGUACCGGCCUGACAAGGGGCUCAGGCUGGCCCCCGUGUCCCCCGCCCACGCCACGCUGCUCAACGACACCUGGAAGUUUGGGGGGAACAGCUGGAGCCUGCGGUACCUGUGCCUCCUUAUCCGCCACUUCCCCAAUGCCUGCCUGCUGGCCCCUGAGGGGACCCCCAUCUCCUGGUGCCUCACCGACCCAGUGGCUGCCCUGAUGCACGGUUACACCCUCCCGGAGCAUCGCGGCCAGCACUACAUGAGGCCCGUGGUGGGGACGCUGUCGGCACAGUUGCAUGCCCGCGGCUUCCCUGUAUACACCGGGGUGCUGCCCCACAACGAGCCUUCGCUGCACAUCCUGCAACGCCUCGGCUUCCGCAUCCUGCCUGGGGUGAUCUACCUGCUGAUGGUGAGGCCUGGGUUCACCUAGUCCCAGUCAGCCAGUGCCCUGGACUCGGCCCAGGACCCUGCGCCCAGCUCUGGGGAAUGGCCACACACACAUAGCACGGGGGGAGGGGAGAGGAGGAGAAGGGGACAUGGCCUAGGGCCCUGCGCACAGCUCUGGGGGACACCCAUGGUCUGCCAGCACGUAGCCCUUGGGGAGAGGAUGAGACAGGGACACAGCCCAGCCAUGCCCAGGGACCUGCCACCCCUGAGAAGGGGACACAUUGACCAGCCACCAGGGAGCUCAGCUGUCAGCCCUUGGGAAGCCAGGGCUGGUAGAGGAGACUAGCUCAUGCUCCAUUAUCCCCUGGAGCAGGGCAGAGGCUUAGUAGGGGGCGCUCUCCCCGGCAGUCAGUGCUGGCCCCAAAGAGAGCAGGGUGAGGGCUCAG